CAACAACAGCAAUAAUGGUGCUGGUUAUAUAAACAUGGUUUCACUCGUGGGUGCACAUGGAACACGAAGACCACCCUCCCAACAAUUGUCCUUCCACUCGUCUAAGAAUCAUUCUCGGCAAUCUGCAUCUGUUCCACCAUCGACACCGCGAAAUGCCUGUCAGCAGAUGACCGAAAUAGAAGCUCCGUGUAUACACGUUAUGUCAUCUUCUCGGAAUCUCGGAUCGACCAGAUUCAAUCAAGAAAGCAUUACUAAAAUGCUUGUACUUAUUAGCACAGUCUUUAUAUUACUUAAUUUACCAAGCUACGUGAUUCGUCUAUGCGUAUUCUUCUUCACUCUGGCGAGGAAGAACACACCAGAGACACUCUGGUGUCUGCAGCAAUUCUUCAUGCUACUCUACUAUACGAAUUUCAGCAUCAAUUUUUUGCUGUACGCCAUGUGCGGCAUUACGUUUCGUCGUUGCCUGGAGCAAAUACUGCGUAGGAUCAUGAAGAGCAUGACAUUGUAUCAUUGCAAUCCACAGAGGUACAUAUAGCUAGCGUUCCAUUUCUGUCGAAAAUCCGUCAGAGAUCGAACUGAAUUGUUGAUUGUAUGGUGACUGUUAGGGAACCGAUAAGCCCGUGAAAUGUCCGCUCCCUGGAUCAUCGUUAAUCUGGUGUCUGUUCCCAACUGUGAGAUUUCGGUCCAAAUUGCGGCGACUUUUCCGGUAAGAGGGGUUCAAAUCCAAGAUAAUCCUGUUUGAGAAAUCGCCUUGAAAGAACACAUCGUUCCGCGAAAUGCGUGACAUGAAAUUAUAUUCAUGUCGAUGCUGAGACAACAAUUCAACGAAAGAUUCGCCAAGAACUGAGAAAUCGUUGGUAUGAAAAAUUCGAACUAUAUAACAAGAUGAUUGACUGAUGCAGAAGAAUCACAGGAAUUUACAAUAAAAAUCCUGCAUGUAAUUAUGAUAAAAUAGACUCACAGUUGCUUAUGUGUAAGAAUAAGAUUUUUACAAAUUCGAUCAUUAUAUUUAUAGAAAUUUAUUUCUAUUUUAUUUAUAUGUGUAAAAGUUCAGAGAAAGACAACGAGAUCCUUUCAAAAUUUAUAUAAUAUUUCAAGUUUUCAAUCUUGAUA